CCGCCUUCCCGAGGGGCUGCUCCCCGCCCCCCCCCGUUUCCCGCCCGCUCUCCUGGGUGAUGCGGGUUUAGCCCGAUACCGCCCGUUCGCCGUGAGGGUGCACGCAAGGGCUUUGCCGGUACAGUGACCGGGGAUGGCCAUUCCCGGUCUCAGGAACGUGUCAGGCAUAGCCGGUGCUCCAAGAAAUAGAGAAUUGGGCAAAUUUCCCAUCCUGUGGAGCUUACAGUUGGAAAAGUGCUCUAUGUGCAAAGAAGGCUGGCAGAAUAGCAGCUGACCCACAGUGGGAGCCCAAAGAUGAAGGGAGUACAACAAGGCAGACAUUCCAAAACUGGCUGGAUGGUAUCAAGAAGGUAUUUAGGGUACCGGCUGCAAUGUGCACAUAUUUGCAAAGGCUUCUCUUCAGGAUGCUUAUCAAAGUGGUGGCUCAGAAGUGGAGUGUUCAGUCUCCAGUCAAGCAGAUGAGAAAAGUAGUUGGUCUCAACCCGACGAACCAGGUACUCUUCAAUCUCUGUGUCCUCUAAUGAUCUUGCAAUGAUGCUGAAUUAAAGAUCCUGGAAGAGGAAAGGGAGUUCACUGUCUUCCAGAAGAGAUUUGCCACUCUGCUAUCACCAGGUUUUAUUCAAAAUGCACAGUAAGAAGCAGCAUCCAGUAAAAUACUAUGUUGGAAUUGAUGUUGGGUCAGCAAGUGUUCGUGCGGCUUUGGUAGAUGAAUUUGGGACAGUAGUGGCACAUACAGAUCAGCCAAUUCAGAUCUGGGAGCCCCAAACAGACCACUACGAGCAAUCCUCUGCUGAUAUUUGGGCUGCUUGUUGCUCAGUCACAAAGAAAGUUGUCUGUGGAAUAGAUGCCAGCCAGAUUCGAGGGGUUGGUUUUGAUGCUACAUGUUCCCUUGUUGUUGUGGAUAAACAGUUCCAACCUUUGGCAGUCAACUGUGAAGGGCAAAACUAUAGGAAUGUUAUUAUGUGGAUGGACCAUCGUGCAGUCAGUCAAGUCGAGCGCAUCAACGCAACGCAACAUCGGGUUUUGAGCUAUGUGGGGGGAGUGAUGUCUGUGGAAAUGCAGCCACCUAAAUUGCUGUGGCUAAAGGAAAACUUGCAAGAAUCAUGCUGGGAGAAGGCAGGGUGCUUCUUUGAUCUUCCAGAUUUCUUAUCUUGGAAAGCCACAGGUGUCACUGCAAGGUCUCUCUGUACAGUAGUGUGCAAGUGGACAUACACUUCAGAUGGAGGCUGGGAUGACAGUUUCUGGAAAAUGAUUGGUUUGGAAGAUUUGGUGAAGGAUAAAUAUGAAAAAAUAGGAAACCACGUCUUGUCUCCUGGAGAGUCUGUUGGAAAAGGUCUAACGCCAGAAGCUGCAAAAGAUCUUGGUCUCCCUGAAGGGAUUGCAGUAGCAGCAUCUCUCAUUGAUGCACACGCAGGAGGACUAGGAGUAAUUGGAGCAGAUGUGAAAGGACAUAACCUGCCAUGUGAAAACCAGCCAAUUACAUCCCGGGUUGCUAUGAUCUGUGGAACAUCUUCAUGCCACAUGGGGGUCAGUGAAACACCCAUUUUUGUGCCUGGUGUUUGGGGACCAUAUUUCUCUGCAAUGGUACCUGGAUUGUGGUUGAAUGAGGGUGGUCAAAGUGCUACAGGAAAACUGAUAGAUCACGUGGUCCGAGGCCAUGUCGCUUUCCCAGAGCUACAAUCAAAAGCUGCAGCCAGUGCUCACAAUAUAUAUACAUGCUUGAACAGUCACCUGGAUCUGAUUAAGAAAUCUUUGCCUGUGGGUUUCCUCACUGUUGAUUUACAUGUUUGGCCAGAUUUCCAUGGUAACAGAUCUCCCUUAACAGAUCUGACACUAAAGGGCAUGGUUGUUGGACUGACAUUGUCUCGGGGUCUGGAUGAACUUGCCCUUAUCUACUUGGCCACGAUUCAAGCCAUUGCUUUAGGAACAAGACAUAUUUUGGAAACUAUGCAGGCUGCAGGGCAUGAUAUCAACACGCUGUUUCUGUGCGGUGGGCUGAGCAAGAACCCCCUCUUUGUGCAGAUGCAUGCUGACAUUACUGGCAAGCCUGUUGUCCUGUCCAAAGAAGUGGAGUCUGUUUUGGUGGGUGCUGCUAUUCUUGGAGCUUGUGCUUCUGGGGAUUUUGCAUCUAUACAGGAGGCCAUGGCGAAAAUGGGGAAAAUUGGGAGAGUCGUGCAGCCUAAUCAUGAGCAUAAAAGCUUUUAUGACAAGAAAUACAAAGUCUUCUUGAAACUUGUGGAACACCAGAGAGAGUAUCGCUCCAUCAUGAACAGCUUCUAAUCCAGAGUCACAUAAACUGGGAACAGCAGUGAUAAUGAAUUUAUAGGUACUUGUGGUGAGGGUACUUUCUGAGGGCUGUACUGCCCAUGUUAAAACAUACUUUUGUAAUUUAAAGUGUACAUUUUAAUUUUCAAUGAGAAAUAAAAUGCACUCUCUUCACUGUGAAA